AUGAGCUCAGAUACCUGGGCGAUUCCAAAUGUGCAACAAUCCGGAGUGACUCGAAUGAUUCUGCCCAUCAAGGGGGGAACAGUCAAUGGGCCAAGAAUUACAGGCGAAAUUAUACCUGAUAGUGGAGCCGAUUGGCUAGAGCGAGUGCGUCCCGACAAGGUCCUCUCGCGUUUGCAUGCAAUGUACACUUUACGGACCAAUGACGGACACAACAUCUUAGUCAAGGCAGAUGGGAUUUUCAAAGAGGGGCCACUGGGCAGUUUUGCGCCCAGCACGAACAUGACAGCAACGCAGGAUCAAGUUGAAUAUUUCACUCAUAUCCGCUUUGAAGCUCCCGGCGAUAGUCCGUAUGACUGGAUGAAUGACGUUGUUGCAAUUGGUGCAAUGACCAUGUUUGAAGGAAAGCCCAUCAUCGACUGCUAUAGCUUGACCAAUUUUCCCAGAGUCGAUUGA